GUAUCUAUCUACAAUAAAACAUACACACAGAUAGCUACCCACUUUCUCUCUCUAAACAACGUCCCUUUCUCUCUCCUCACUCAACCUACUUGUACACCAACAGCGCAUAUAUAUACAAAAAUCUGUAUCUAUAUAUCUAUCUGUCUUUUGUCGGUGUGAGAUCUUCUUGGCCUUGUAUUCACAUUCUUAUGCCAGUCAGGGUUUGUUCAGAUCUACAUACAGUUCUUGUAUGUAUUUGUUGGGGGUUUUUUGGGGAUUUUGUUGAGGACAAUGCAGCAAGAUCAGAGGAAGAAAAGUCCCACAGAGGCUGCUGAUUUUUUCUCGGAGUAUGGUGAUGCCAGCCGAUACAGGAUCCUUGAGGUCAUAGGGAAGGGAAGCUAUGGUGUUGUUUGCUCAGCCAUUGAUACCCAUACCGGUGAGAAAGUGGCAAUAAAGAAAAUAUAUAAUAUAUUCGAGCAUCUCUCUGAUGCUGCGAGAAUUCUUCGUGAGAUAAAGCUGCUCAGGCUUCUACGACAUCCUGACAUUGUGGAAAUUAGGCAUAUUAUGCUACCACCAUCUAGAAAGGAUUUUAAAGAUAUUUAUGUGGUUUUUGAGCUCAUGGAGUCGGAUCUUCACCAAGUCAUUAAAGCCAACGAUGAUUUGACGAAGGAGCACUAUCAGUUCUUCCUUUACCAGUUGCUUCGUGCUCUCAAAUAUAUCCACACAGCAAAUGUCUACCAUCGUGAUUUAAAGCCAAAAAAUAUUUUGGCAAAUGCGAAUUGCAAACUUAAGAUUUGUGAUUUUGGAUUGGCAAGAGUGGCAUUUAAUGACACACCCACAACAAUUUUUUGGACGGAUUAUGUUGCAACAAGAUGGUAUAGAGCUCCAGAAUUAUGUGGGUCUUUUUUCUCUAAGUAUACAGCUGCUAUUGAUAUUUGGAGUAUUGGGUGUAUUUUUGCGGAGGUCCUAACAGGGAAACCAUUAUUUCCUGGAAAAAAUGUUGUUCACCAGCUGGAUCUGAUGACUGAUUUGCUAGGUUCCCCAUCAAUGGAGACCAUUUCUAGGGUCCGUAACGAGAAAGCUAGAAGAUAUCUUACUAGCAUGAGGAAGAAGCAACCUGUUCCCUUCGCGCAGAAGUUCCCUAAUGCAGAUCCCUUAGCAUUGCGACUAUUAGAAAGACUACUAGCCUUUGAUCCAAAAGAUCGACCAACUGCUGCACAGGCCCUGGCCGAUCCAUACUUCAAGGGACUUACCAAAGCCGACAGAGAACCAUCAAGCCAGCAAAUUUCCAGAAUGGAGUUCGAAUUUGAAAGGCGGAGGGUUACAAAGGAAGACAUUCGAGAAUUGAUAUUUCGUGAAAUUCUUGAGUACCAUCCCUCGUUGCUCAAAGAUUAUCUGAAUGGAACCGAGAGUACCAAUUUUCUCUACCCAAGUGCGGUAGAUCAGUUCAGGAAACAAUUUGCACAUCUUGAAGAAAGUAGUGAUAAAAGCGGGCCAGUGAUUCCUCUGGAACGAAAGCACGCGUCCCUUCCUAGGUCCACAGUGGUUCAUUCCAAUUCAAUUCCUCCCAAAGAACAGCCAGUUGAUAUGGCAUUGAGAAAUAUGCAACUUACAGAAGCUUCGUGCAACAAGCAAUUCAGAUAUGGAGAUGGAAUUCCUGUAAAGAGUUCCAGGACCUCACAAGUACCAAACAAGAUGCCACCAGCCAAACCAGGAAGAGUUGUGGGACCUCUCCCACCUUAUGAGAAUGGAAAUCUCUUUGCACAACCGUAUGACCCUAGAACAUUGGUAAGAAACGGGGCCAUCCCUCCGCAGGCUGUUCAGCCAAUUGGUCCACCAGCAUAUUGCUAUCGUCAGGAUGGCACAGUAAAUCAGGAAAGAGUUGUCGGGAGGGAGAGGGAACCGUCUUCACAACAAAAAAACAUCCCUGAGAGUAGCAUAGGUGCGAAACUAGCACCUGAGAUAGCGAUAAACAUAGACCCAAAUCCCUUUUACAUGACUCGAGUAGGACUUCCGAAGAUGGAACAUGUGGAAGGAAGGAUUAGUAAUGCUGCAUCUGCUCACAGAAAAGUCGGGGCUGUUCAGUAUGGUAUGUCGAGAAUGUACUAGUCAAGUAUCCAGUUCUUUUGUACAUUUUUUUUUUUUUGUAAUUAUAUGUCUGAUUAGAUGAACUGCACUUGUAACCAAUAAAACCCAAAAAUGUGCCGCGUCGUAAGACUCUAGUGUAUAUAUACAUAUAUUGCAUGGAGCUGCUGAAAUAAACAAAACAGAAGUUCCCCCAACCUUGCUUCUAUGUUAAUCACUAAAUUUCCCAACUCGUUUAUGUCGUAUUGUAACCCUUUUUGAUGGACAGUUGUAACCAGAGAGCUCUUACCUGUAUUGCAUAUUUUCAAUAUACAGAUUUUACUUGGUUUAGUAA